AUGGCUCAUAGUGAAACAGUAAAAGUGAAUCACAAUGAAGUGAAAGCAAAUUUGACGAAUGAAUUUGCCAAUGUAAUCAAAAAUGCUGUAUCUGAAUAUCCAUCUGGCGCUGCACUUUCUCACGAAUCCACGCAAACACUUUGUAAUGUUCUGGAAGCAGUAUUCAUUCACGGGUUAAGAAAAGCAUUUUUUGAAAAGAAGCCAAAAGGCACGAAAUAUCCAGAACCGAAUUUUUGGCCAUUUGUAUGUAAAUAUACACAUCGAGCGGUGCUGGACCAAAUAGCUGCUUCGGGUCAAAUCAAGACGGAGAUUGGAAAAUCGCGGGCAUGGCUGAGGAUAUUGUUGAAUGAAAAUACAAUGGAAAAUUAUCUGAAUCUAUUAUCACGUAACACCGUUGCUUUAAGUAAAUUUUACGAGAAAUGGGCUUUUUUACGGGAUUCGGAACGUGUGAAUGUGCUACUGGGAUAUACGAAAAGCAUGUCACGAUUGCUUCUCAAUGCUUCAGUGAACAGUUGCUUCCUGAAUAUCUGGACUCCCACCCCUCUAAUAUUGGCCGGCUUA